CCAGAGGCCUUUCAUCGUAGCCAGUCUUCGAAUUUCCUUUGUAUCGAAUUAUCGACAGAUAAAAACUGUAAUUCUAACUACUUGGCUUAGUCGACAAGUUUCGUUUGUAGCUCAGGAAGAAACGAAAGGAGAGGAAAAAGGAUUGAACAAUUGAAAUUUUUUGCUUAGUGAUUGUCUAGGCGAAUAAUAGUUAAAGAGCUUCUGCGGCAGAGCCACGAAAAAUACGCACCGAGGCGGAGUAAUAUGAGUAAUGCAGCCAACCAGAAUGGAUCAGGUCUAGAGCAGCAGUUAGCUGGUCUGGACUUGCAGGGCUCCCGCCAACCAAGUGGGGGUCGCUACGUACCACCGCAUUUACGAAAUAAAUCUGGAAGUAACGCGCCUUCUGGCGGAGAUCAUCAUUUUUCUUCCAACUCAAGACCAUAUUCUGACAGAGAUAGAGGAAGAGAUCGUGAUCGUGAAAGGGAAAGGGAAAGAGAUCGUGAUAGAGGAAGAGGUGGUUCAGGUUAUAGAGAUACGCGUUCUCGUGAUGUCGAUUUUGGAAAUUUCGGAAAUUUUGGUGGGCGCACUAGACGUAGUGCCAAUCAAGAAAAUGGAAGAGAUUAUAGAUAUUCCAAUUCAGACCGUGAACGAGAUCGAGAUCGCACGGUUAACUCUGGAAAUGAUCGUUGGCAAGAACCUAGAAACGAUCGUUGGCCAGACAACAGAAAUGAUCAUAGAAUGGGAGGCGGUCGAUGGAAGGACGACAGAGAAGGAGGUAGGACGAAUUCUGAAAUCGACUGGACAAUACCCACUUCCAGAGAUGAGCGAUUGGAGGUGGAAUUAUUUGGUACUGGAAAUACUGGUAUUAAUUUUAGUAAAUAUGAGGAUAUCCCAGUUGAGGCUACUGGGGAUAAUAUACCUCCACACAUCACAUCUUUUGACGAAGUUAAGCUGACGGAGAUAAUAAAGAAUAGUAUUAGUUUGGCUGGUUAUGAUAAACCCACACCAGUACAGAAGUAUGCGAUACCGAUUAUUAUCGGACGCCGUGAUGUUAUGGCCUGUGCCCAAACAGGGUCUGGUAAAACAGCGGCCUUUUUAGUGCCAAUAUUAAAUCAGAUUUAUGAAAGCGGGCCACGUCCACCACCAAUUAAUUCUUCUGGAAAGCGCAAACAUUUUCCUCUUGGUCUAGUAUUAGCACCUACAAGAGAGCUUGCCACUCAAAUAUAUGACGAAGCACGGAAAUUUGCAUAUAGAUCACGUAUGCGUCCUGCUGUUGUCUAUGGUGGUUCGAAUAUUGUAGAUCAAAUGCGAGAAUUAGAUCGUGGAUGUCAUUUACUUGUUGCAACACCUGGUCGCCUUGUAGAUAUGUUAGGUCGUGGUAAAAUCGGAUUACAUAAUUGUCGAUAUUUAGUAUUGGAUGAAGCAGAUCGUAUGUUGGAUAUGGGUUUCGAGCCACAAAUAAGACGUAUAGUUCAAGAGGACACAAUGCCUCCCACGGGAGAAAGACAAACACUCAUGUUUUCAGCUACAUUUCCAAAAGAAAUUCAAAUGCUGGCAAGAGAUUUUCUUAGUAACUAUAUCUUUUUAGCUGUAGGCCGUGUUGGUUCUACAUCUGAAAAUAUUACUCAGAAAAUUGUAUGGGUGGAAGAACAUGAUAAGCGUUCUUAUUUGCUUGAUCUUCUUCAAGCUAGCAAUUUUUCAGAUCCUUCUGCCGAAUCAUUGACUUUAGUGUUUGUGGAAACAAAGAAAGGUGCAGAUAUGUUAGAAGAAUAUUUACAUCAAAUGGGAUAUCCGGUCACUAGCAUUCAUGGUGAUCGAACACAGCGUGAACGAGAAGAUGCUUUACGUCGUUUCCGAGCUGGUAAAGCGCCAAUACUUGUUGCUACUGCUGUUGCUGCCCGUGGACUUGAUAUUCCACAUGUAAAACAUGUGAUAAAUUUCGAUUUACCCGGAGAUGUAGAAGAAUAUGUUCAUCGGAUUGGUCGUACUGGUCGUAUGGGAAAUUUAGGUUUAGCAACAUCAUUUUUCAACAAUAAGAAUAUUAACUUAGUACGUGACUUGGUAUCUCUCCUAGUUGAAGCUAAUCAAGAACUUCCACCUUGGUUAGACGAUAUGUUUAGUGAAGCAAGAUAUUCUGGAGGUGGAUCUCGUCGAGCCGGAAGUACUAAAGGCCGAUUUAGCGGUGGAUUUGGUGCUAGAGAUUAUCGUCAGCAACCUAGCUCCGGGUCUGCUCGCAAUAAUGGUUCCUCCAAUAGGCCUGGUAGUUAUGGAGGAAGUUACGGAAAUUAUGGAGGUAACUAUAACAAUUCAUCGUAUAAUAAUUCUGCUAACAACGUCAACAGUAAUGAUCCUGAUUGGUGGGACAAGUAAAUCAUUAUCACCAUCUCUAUUUUCACUUUUAUCAUUAUUACUACUGUACACGUAAAUUCAAAUAUAUGUAAGAAAGACACGUACGACAUACACAUCGGAUACAACACGCACGUAUUUGCGCGUGUAUACGUAUACACAAAAAAGACAGUAUCACGUAUAUACAAAUCACGUUCGCUGACUGCCUGUGCACUACAAUUUUCAAACUAAAAAGGAAAAAAAAAUAAUUGUGUUUAUUCAAUUCCAUAAAUACUUUUAUUCGCGUGCGACGAAACACUAUUGACAAAUCCAAAUAUAAUCUCAGCAUUAAGAACUGCAAAAAAGAAAAUAACCAUAUAACAUAGAAAAAAAAAAAAAAUGAUCUCAUUUUUAAGAGAAUCAGAGUUAUUAGGAUUUGUCAAAUACUAGACAAAAAUAUAGGAUCCAUCCAAGGUUUCGUUGCCGUGCGUGUUGAAGAACACAAAUAGUAUAAUCAUUAAUGAAUCAAAUCGAGCAGUCGUUCAUGUCUAGUUAGGGCAUAACGAUGUGACACGUAGUAAGUGAAGAAACUUAGUGAAAUUUUUUAGAACUCCUGUCGAGAUUAUGGGGCUCAUUAUGGCUUCAUUAAUUAAAAUUUUUGAAGGACGUGGUGGGCGUAUCUUCGAGAAUCGUGGCGUCUAGAUUCGUGUAAUCAUAGAGCUUUAAAUGCACAAGUGCUUUAUUAUUCUCGCCUGAAUGGCCAGUAUCUUGUGUAAUUUAAUUUAAACCAGUGGCGCUAUUUUUUUCUUUCUUUUUAUGCAUAUAUAUAUGUAUAUAUAUUUAUAUAUUUAUAUAUAAUUAUAUAUAUAUAUAUAUAUAUAUAUUUUACUAGGCGUCCACGAUACGCCAUACCGCCAUCGCCAUAGAUUUCGUCACGAUUCCUGUUUUAAAUUUACUAUAAUCCAGCGACGAAUGGUACUUUGUUGUUUUGCCGUCCCCAGACACAGACGACGUUGCGCCGGCAAUAUCAUGGUUUAAUCGACUAAAUCGCGUAAAGUGUUCAGUAGUCGAAAGCUUUGAUGUUAUGAGAAGGACACAGGCUGCGUCUUAAGAUACUUUUAGAAAUCUCGUUUAUAUUUCUGUCACGUCCUGUUAAUAUAUUAAGUAAGUUUAGAAGUCUGAUGCUGUAAACUUAUUGCUUCUGUAACUCUUAAUUCAAAGAGUUAUUUUAUUUAAAAGUUCGGUCAUUAUAUUUAGAGUAGGCUGAAAAUUUUCAGCAAAUACCAGGUAUAUUUGUACCUGAAUUUUAACAUACUCUAAUUAAAAUUUCUAAACGUAACAAAGACGUUGUCCUGUAAAAUUGAUACGGUGUGUUAUAAAAAUCUUAGAUCGCAGUACUGAAUGCGAGUGCUCUAGAACGAGAAAGCUUACAUUUUAAAAAACGGGUAAAAAUAUACGGUUGCAGUUACAGAAGGGAACUUCAAAAGAAAUAAAAACAAAAGGAGCAAAAAUACGCUGUUAGUUGGCUCAACCUUACAAGAUAAAGAAAAAAAAAAAAAAAAGAAAAAUAUACAAAAAGCAAGCCCUUUGAAAUAAGGAUACAUAAAGGCGCACUCAUAUUUUAUAACUGUAUUUAUCAAUACGCUAUAUAUAUAUAUACAUACUAAGUAAUAUUCGUAAAUACAUAAACAUUAAAAUAA